AUGUUGCUUCCCAGCCAAGACCCUCUUGGUGUCCACCCCCACCAUCCACCUCCCAGUCUCGCUCCUCCGUACCACAUUACGGAUGUCACAACUAUUAUUUGCGAUCCCAUUCUCAUCGCACUUGUUAUACUGCACUUGUCUAGUACCCAAGUACGGUCAAACUGUUCCUUUCCCACCAUUUACCGCAGCACCUGCUUCGAGGGCAGCAGGCCGGCAGCAGCAAGUAGCCAUCGCACCAUCCACUUUCUCCCACACCGGGCUAGAUCGGCAUCCAUGAGAUUGCCCCCCAAAACAUCAGCCAAGCACCCACACUCAAUCGGAGCGACGACCGUGGCUGCAGUCAGACGGAGAGACGUCAAGAGACACGUUGCCAAGUACUCGCCGCAGCUCGGGCCGGUACUUGAUUCUAUCCUGGAGCUACGGAUACCCGCCCUGUACCUGGUCGUCUAUGCUCGUUCCCCAGUCGAGCUUACGCCAAUCAUCUCGGCCCUUGCUGAUCUGCUGUCCACCGACCGCCUCAACUUGGGAUGCCUCUUACAGCCUACGCACACCAUCUCAUUUGAACGCCUACGACGGUUCCAUAUGCACCUUGCCGAAGCUAUCUGA